AGACGCUCACAAUGCACGCAGACUGCGCCAUCAAGGACAUUGUGUGCAUGCUCUUUGCCCUUGAGAUUGUGUGUGUCAUCAAUAUUUACAUUUUCCCCCCAUGUUUUAGACAGCAUACAUGAAUGUUAAACAUUAACUUUGCAUGUGGAGUUCAGCCUUAAAUAGCCCACCAGACUGAAGAUAAACAUCAAGACUGAAGAGCUUGAAACCUAGCAAAAUGGCUCUGGCUCAGCAGCUGCCAUUUUUCAACCCAAGCGUCCCAUUCACUACUCCGAUCCAGGGAGGCCUGACGGAGGGAAUGAUUAUUACUGUAUCUGGACGGGUUUUGCCAGAUGCAGACAGAUUCAGUUUGAAUCUUCAACAUGGGUCCACUGUAGCUCUGGACUUAAAAGCUCGUUAUGAGUGUGGCCUGAAAAUAGAGCAAGACACCAGCCAGAAGUGGGGCUCAGAGGAAAGGAAGUUUGAAACUUCCUUCCAGAGAGGCCAGCUGUUUGUUCUCCAGAUCCUCGUCACACUGGGAUCAUACAAGGUAAGUACCGAUGGAAAACCCUAUUCGGAGUACAAGCACCUUGUACCAUUCAAAUCGGUGGACACAUUUCAUGUGGAUGGAAAGGUGGAGCUGAAUUUAGUUGCCUUCCAACAUGCGCCCCAUCUUGUUGCACCUCCAGGAUCUUUUAAAGUCCCGUAUAAAAGUGUCAUCCAUGGUGGACUUCAUGCUGGCAAAGUCAUCAUCGUCCAAGGGUUUAUCCCGUCUCAACCAUAUAGAAUCGUAAUUAGUUUACGACACAAACAUGGAAUUGCGUUUGACUACAGUCCUCGUUUUGAUCAGAAUGUGGUUGUGCGCAACACUUAUGAGGAUGGGAUUUGGGGCACGGAGGAAAGAUCUGAACCCAUGCCAUUUAAAAAGGGGGAACCGAUGCUGGUCACCAUUUUUUGCGGUCAGCAUGAAUACGAGGUGUUUGUCAAUGGUGAGAAAGCUCACACUUACAACCAUCGCUUCACUAAACUGGAGGAGAUUGAUGUUUUGGACAUCCGAGGAGACGUGCAGCUGACAUUUGUGCAGCCCUAACAAGAAUUUCAUCUAGAUGUACGGGAAAACGGGAAACUAUAUAAGCAAAUGCCAUAUUAUCAUAUGAUUGAUCAUAACUUCAGUGAGAAAAUAAUGAAAAAUAAACAAGAUAAGAAAGUUAGUCUGGUUUAGUAAUAAGUGAAGCAGUAGCUGCUGAGCCCAAUAAAAAGUCUUGAUUCACCUUGAAGGACAUUAAAACAUAAUGAUAAUGCUGUUGAACUAAAUGUAUGAAACAAACUGUUUGCUAAAUAUUAAAAACUAACAAUAAAAUUAUCCAUGGGCGGCGCUAGGGAGGGAGGAAAGACCAAUGCACCCCCACACGUCUACCUAUAGAAGCAAUUAUCUACAGGCUUUAUUAUAGUUGAUAAGUCGCUAAAUGAAUAAAUAAAUAAAACAUCGACUCAUUAUGCAUGCAUAAUUUAAGGAUAUAAUCCUGUUUAUAAUGCAUAUGGUGUCAUUCAGUUUUAUCAAAUAAACUGUCAAACUGUUCCUUA